AUGACGAGCACAGUGCCACUCCAGCCGUUGUCGGCGCAUCAUCUCAACACCCCUCCCUCCACGCCCUCUUCCCCUCAUGCAGCGAAUCACACUUCCAGCUCUCCCCGAGGCGGUCUAAGCAAGGCCGAAGCGUACGCAAGCGCGCACCAGCCGCCCCGAGUCCGCUCAAAGGAGGGCGAAGGCUCGGGUGGCGUGGGGGCUGGAACGAAGUCCAAGCCUGUGGAGGGGGAUAGGAGCGGUCAUGUUCAGCACGCAAGUAGCGGUAGCGGCUCGCAUGGACACGGACACGGGGGAGGUGGCAAGCCUAUCCUGAACUGGAUAUCGCGAAAGUUGGGCGGAGGGCGAAGGGCUUCUAUUGCCGAGCCGGGGGCGGCGGUCUCGAGCGCGGACGUGACGGGGCGGACGACGAGUACUGUCCGUGUGCAUACGAAUGAGCAGCGGGGCAAGUACACCACGUUGCCCAAGAAGGGCAAAACGGGCGCGGGGGACAGCCAUAUCGCUAUUCCAUCCAUCACCCAGCCCGUAGCUGGUUCAACUACCGGCCAGACUCGACCGUCAAUCAAGCCGAAAUCCACUCAACCCGCCACCAGACUCGCCAUCCCCACUCCUACCUCGCAACACCGACCACGGCUCAGCCCAUCCCAAAUCUUCCCCCAGACCCCCGUCCGCAAUUCCAUCUUGUCCGGCUCGGAAGCCCACUCCCUCCAGUCGUACUCGCUCUUCUCGGCCUCCCCAUCCGAGCGGGAGCGGCGGCGCGAGGCCAACAACCCCUACCCGUCGAUGCCUAUCCACAUGUACAAGGGAAGCAUCAUGUCUUCGUCCGCGUCGGCAUGGGCGAGCGCAAGUGGCCUAGGCGACCGAAGCGUGUCUUUCCGGACGCGAUCGCGCUCGCCCAGUGUGCGUUCGGGACGGAGUGUGAGCUCCAGUCUAAGACCCGCGGCGAGGAGGAGUAUGGUGGAAGAGAUGUUUGGGGAGGACGGGAGCGUCAGGUGGGGGAGCACAGGAGGGAGGAGGGAGGAAUGGGAUUCCCUGGCUACGGGCCGGGAUCGGCGGAGCAGGACACCCGGCGGGGCAGACGAGAAUGCGUCGAUACGGCCUAUUCCGCCGUCGCAUCCCUCCUCGCCAACUCCGUCACAGUCGACUCGGUCGCAGACCCCUUCGGCCUCGCUUCUCUCGCCCAAGCCACACCGGUCCCGCUCGCUCACCUCCCCCGCUAGGCGGUUCUCGAGCCGCCAGGACUCGAGCUCGUCCAUUGGAGACGCAUCGGACCGGUACGGCUACGACGAGAGCAGCAGUCACGGGCUCAGUCGGCAUGGCAGUGCGAGUACCAAGCCGACGACCAUUGUCAGCUUUGAUUCUGGGCCGGCCGUAGCGCAUAUUGCCCAGGUCGCGCCUGCCCCAGCAACAGCUGUAACUCCACCCACUCAGUCGGUACCUCCCAACAUCCCACAAAAUGCAGUAGCCGGACCGAGCACAGCCCCGACCGCCACGACCCCACCCUCUACCGUGCACAACUCCUCCAUCUCCGGCUCACCCAUGUCGACCACCGUACCCCCCUCACCCCUCCGUACCUCUUUCUCGCGGGACGCCUCUCUCCCCGUAUCUGGACCAUCCAGUCCGACCCCAACCCCCUCGGCACCCGCAUUCCAAGCCCUUCCUCCCAAACACACUCACCCCCACCCGAUCCAUAAUCCCCGUCCAUCGUCCCCUCCAAACGAUAACGCCUCCAUCCUCACUCUUGCCAGCUCCACAUUCGCCGCCCCCAACCCGGCUUAUGGCGCCCCGAGCGGUGCUGGGUCUCUCCACCGCCCAACGAGCAUCUCUCGGAUGAGCAUGAUCAGCAACUACGCGCCGAGUGCUCCGCGGCCAGGUCUGGGCACGAGCCCGUCGGUGACCUUUGCGCCUAUACCCAAUGAGUCUGGGGUAUCUGGGCCUCCUACGCCGGGACCAUAUGCGUAUGCGCCGCAUCGACCUUCAUCGCUCGCGCCGUCUCAUCGGUCCGUGGAUGAGCAAAAUCGGCGGCCGCCAUCCCUCGCCAGUCCCCUCCCGCUUGAUCAGCAACAGAAGGAGUAUCAGCCUUCGCUCCAUCCCACGCUGGGGACAAGGGGUUCGGCAUCACUCUCGCAUGCGAGCUGGGGGCUCGGCCGGGCGGGCGGAGUGGAUGAAGGAGCGAGUACGCGGGCGAUGAGGCGGAAAGGGAGCGAGAGUAGCGUUGGGAGCUUUGAGAGUAGGUGGUCUUGGCGCGGAGCCGGAGCCGGGGUAUCGCCGGGAGUCGGGAGGGUCAUGGGGGGUGGAAGAGCCAAUAUCAUCAUGUAG